AUGGACCACAUCACCACCGAGCUCCAGAACCUGGGCAUACAAACAAUGCCACAAUUUCCUGGCGUUCAACUUUAUCCUGACCUCAACCCUGUGGAUGUCUACCGAGCGGUCAUCAUCGAGCAGUUGCAAUCCAUCACCGGAGCCGAGCCGCAAAUCAUCAACAAUGCCGUGCAAUGGACACAGGAUCUAAAACAUGGCGACCUCAUGCUCCCGGUACCUGCUUUGCGCAUCAAGAGCCCCAAGCCGGACGAGCUGGCAAAGCAGAUCGCGGAGAAGUUUGAGAGCCCACUGAUCGAGAAGCCGAGCGCCGACAAGACCUUCGUCAGAUUCUUCUUCAAGCCGGAACCGUAUGCCAAACUGGUCUUGCCGAGCGUGCUGAAGAACAAGGAAGACUACGGGUUCAAUGGUAGCCUUGGCCGUGAGGAUCCAUCAAAUUCAUCAAGCAAGAAGCAGAAAAUGGUCGUGGAGUACUCGAGCCCGAACAUCGCCAAGGAGUUCCACACUGGCCACCUCAGGAGCACGAUCAUCGGCGGCUUCCUCGUCAAGCUGUACUCGCGAGCUGGUUGGGAUGCGUACUCUCUGAACUACCUGGGUGACUGGGGCAAGCAGUAUGGUGUGCUUACGCAGGGAUUCGAGAAGUACGGGAGUGAGGACGAACUGCAGAAGGAUCCCGUUAAGCAUCUCAACGAAGUCUACGUCAAGAUCAACCAGGACAACUCCAAAGAGCAGGAGCCCUUGAAGCCAUUACUGAAAAGGAAAGAGGAACUGGAGAAGCUAAAGCUUCCAACCAAGCAGGCCAAACCAGCAAAGGGCGAGAAGCCCCCGCCACCUCCAGAAUUGACCGCAGAGCAAGAACAGGAGCUCCAGCAGAUUGAGGCCGACAUUGAGAAGACCAAAGAGGAUCUUGCAGCAAUACCGAGCAUAGACGAGAAGGCCAGGCAGUUCUUCGCUCGAAUGUACAAGGGUGACCCAGCAGCGCUGAAGGACUGGCAGAGGUUUCGAGAUCUAUCGAUUGAAGCUUACAUUCAGAUGUAUGCUCGACUCAACAUCCACUUCGACGAGUACGGUGGCGAGUCGACCGUCAAGGAGGAGAACAUGGAGCGGGCGGCACAAGUCCUGCAGAAGAAGAAUAUCAGCGAAGACAGCAAAGGUGCGGUCAUCGUCGACCUCUCGAAACACGGUGCACCAAAACUCGGCAAGACGCUGGUGAAGAAGAGGGACGGCACUUCGCUCUACCUCACCAGGGAUAUCGCAGCUAACACUGAGCGUUUCGAGAAGUACCAUUUCGACAAGAUGAUUUACGUCAUCGCCUCUCAGCAGGACGUUCACGUUGCGCAGUUUUUCAAGAUCCUGGAACUGAUGGGACCUCCCUACAGCGACAUCGUAGCAAAAUGCGAGCACAUUACCUUCGGCAUGGUCAAAGACCCCAAAGGCCAGACCAUGAGUACUCGCAAAGGCACCGUGGUAUCCCUGGCCGACAGCCUCGACCACGCGAAAGAGUUCAUGCACGACGUCAUGCGCAAGAACCAAGACAAAUACGAGCAAGUUGAGAAACCCGAAGCGACGGCCGACAUCCUCGCCAUCUCCGCCAUCAUGGUGCAGGACUACAGCGGCAAGCGCAUCAACGGCUACAACUUCGACAUGGAGAAGAUGACGUCCUUCGAAGGUGACACGGGCCCGUAUCUUCAAUACUCCCACGCCCGCGUCUGCUCUAUGGAGCGUAAAACCGCCAUCCCCGCCGACCAACUCCUCACCGCGGACCUCAGUCUCAUCACGGCGAAAGAAGGCAUCGAGCUCGUGCGCUUGCUGGCGCAAUGGCCGGACGUCUUUUUGAACACGUACAAGACCCGCGAGCCGGUGACGGUGCUGACAUAUCUGUUCAAGAUGACGCAUCAGCUGAGCAGUUGCUAUGACGCGAAGGACACGAGUAAUAGGAAUGCCAAGACGAUGAGUGUGAUGUAUGCGGAGACGGCGGAGAAGAAGGCGGCGUUGAUGGCGUUGUAUGCGAGCGCGAGGCAGGUGUUGAGUAAUGGGAUGAAGUUGCUGGGGUUGUCGCCGGUGGAGAGGAUGUGA